UGCCGAAACCAGAAGGGAGUGAAAUUCAAAGCUUGCCAAAGCUUAGAGGGUAAAAUUACCAUUUUAAUACGGCUUUCUCCGAGUGGAACACCCGUUAAGCUGGUUUCUUGUUUGCGAAAAAGAAAAUUUGGUUUACAGUAAUACGGGACGAAUAUCAUUCGGUAAGCAAAGUAGUGGGAAUCGAGGAACGUUUUUAAAAGUGCAAUUUACCGGUUGAAGAGAACGUGGGUAACAAAGUCCGGAACCUUCUAAUUCGUACGUGAAAAGCCGUGAAAACGUGUCACAACACAGUCGAACCGAGAUGGCCCGUUUAGUCUAAGUAAAUAACGGAUUAUUCUAUUUGAACAAGUGCUCGGGAGAAACGUGUCUCUUGAUAAUAUUUUCGUCCAUUUUUUUUCGUGCCUCCAGCCUGAAAGUACCAAGACGAGAAAAUACAUUGUUUACAAUCGCCUUUCAGUCAAAGUGAUUGACAGGAACGCGUGUAAGGAUUAAUUGCUAUCGUUUUCUGAGUGAUGUGAUUGGACAAGAGGCUUGCUGUGACAUGACCAUAGUGGAUCGAAUCUGAACUUGUUCUGCGCAUAUAGAGUUGUUUGGGAAGGAAGGUUCGUGGGAUUUUGGCGGAGGGAACCUUCUUGAAUUUUGAACUAUCGACGAUGAAAUGAGGACUAUCGAAGGACAGGGGAAUGGAGAAAACCUUGGUGCAAUCGGCUUCCCCGAAGAGAGGACCGAGCUCUGCCGAUGCGAAUUUAAGCAUCGUGUUAAAUCUUAUGUGUCAUACAACUUGCCAUCGCCAAGGAGGCGAAACUGAGAAAUUUGCAAAGAGAGCCAUCGAAUCGCUGGUGAAAAAACUUCGAAAGAAGUCUGAAGAGCUCGACUCACUGAUCACCGCUAUCACGACUAAAGGAUCCAAGUCGUCAAAAUGUGUUACGAUUCAGAGAACUCUAGAUGGCAGACUUCAAGUUUGUGAGCGCAAGGGCUUUCCGCAUGUGAUCUACGCUCGGUUGUGGCGAUGGCCCGACAUUCAAAAAAUGGAGAUGAAACAUUUGGAGUUUUGCCGAUACGGUUAUGAUUUGAAGUACGAGAGUGUUUGCGUCAAUCCGUAUCAUUAUGAGAGAAUUCGCAGUCCAGCCGCUGCAACUCUUUCUGUGAAAGCAACAUCUCCAAACUGUGACAAAUGUGCAUUAUCUGUAUUAAAAGAAAGCCCGCCUCAGCCAGUAACAACAUAUGAUCAACCAAAGUACCUGGAGGCAGGACCUAGCAACUCAAUACCUGGACCAAGUAACAUUCCAUGUUCUGCAGAUCCAUGUCCUAUCAUUGUACGCAAUUUACUUUGGCAUGCUGUUUACAGGCAUCAAAGCACUGAUGCAGAGAGCUUCAGUAGACGGGCUAUUGAAUCCCUGGUGAAGAAACUAAAAAAGAAAUUCUUCGAGCUGGACUCACUGAUUGUAGCGAUAACUUCUAAGGGACGGCAACCGUCCAAGUGUGUCACUGUGCAAAGGACCAUGGAUGGAAGGUUGCAAGUCGGGGACAAGAAAGACUUUCCACAUGUCAUCUAUGCUCGCCUCUGGAGAUGGCCUGAUGUACACAAGAUGGAGAUGCGGCAUAAAGAAUUUUGCCAGAAUGGUUAUGAUACAAAACGAGAAAAAGUUUGUGUUAACCCAUAUCAUUAUGAAAGAGUUCAGCCACCAGAUUGGUUCAGAGCUUCUUUGUAUGGAAAUUCACAUAAAUCACAUAGCAGUUCAGAAGUAGACAGCAGCCAUAAGAGUGAUGAGGACACAAAUGGAGGAUCGUUAUCAAAUGAAAAUAGUUUGGGCGAGAAAAAUAAUUGUUUCUGUCCGCAUACCAAUUCUUCUCAAGGAAGGAAGAGACCAGAAAUUCAGGAUUCAAGUUUUUUCAACUCCAGAUUAAAGCGAAAAGCUGAUUUUGAUGGAAACAGGACAAUGUCAGCUUGCUCAUCAGUUAGUUACUCUAGUGAUAGUGAUGAAGAUAUCGACAUUGAAGCAGAUUCACCAAAAAGAACAAAGCUUUCUCCAAGUGAAAUUUCUGAGAAACGAAGUCCACUUGCAGUAGAUGAGAGAUUGAAUAAUUCUGAUGGUACACCAAAUUGUGUUUCACAAAGAGUACGUUGUGCCUUGUGUAACUGUGUGAAUAACAGUGUGUUAGGACAGGGAGACCUGAUAUGUUUCGGCAGAAUAUCAUCUGGCUUUCAAAGACACUCUAGAAGUCCACAACGACAACAACAGAAUGUUACCUCAGCUUACCGACACUCUCAUUACCCCACUGCUGGUGGUUCACAUCCUUCCCAGGGAAGGAAAAGCCCCCGUGAUGGAGAGUUUCAAGAUCACAGGCAAUAUUCCUGGACAUACAGGGCUGAGGCUGCUAACUCAACAGUGCACCUGAGCCCUCAGAUCCACGGGGAAGCACCUGGCAGAAUCCCUGAUGGAAAAUCCAGCACAAUAAACAAUUCUACCAACAGCAGGCAGUCACCAGCUCCCCAUGAAGAUCUUUCCAGUGUUGGGUUUGAAGAGGAGCCAGAUCUGGUUGAUUUGUGCGACAUGUCUGGUUAUGUAUGGGUGCAUGAUAGGUGUGCGGCAUGGACACUGGCCUCCUUAGCAACCAAGUCAUCAGUAGAGUUUACAAUAGACUUAACAAGUCAGAUUCUAUCAAAGAAGUGUUCUUUUUGUGGUCGUUUUGGUGCUAGUGUUGUAUGUGAGAUGUCAGAUUGUGGAAGAAUAUACCACUACCCUUGUGCAAUGGCUGCUAGGACGUAUCAGGAUAUGAAAACUAUGAAACUGUACUGUUUGAAUCAUGAAGAUGUUAUCAGAAGAAUAGCAUUCUGUGACAAAUGUCAUCAAGGUGGUGAAUUAUCACAACUGCUACUCUGCACAAAAUGUACCUGCCAUUAUCACAGUUACUGCUGUUCACCUCCUGUUCGUGCUACAGAGUCUGUCAGGGUGGGCUGGGAAUGUGCUCAGUGUAAGUCUUGUCAGGCUUGCAGGCAUGGUUCAAUUAAAGACAAGCUGCUGAUUUGCCGCAGCUGUGACAAGGGUUACCAUUCUCUGUGUACAGUACCUGUGGCUAACUCUACAGAAAAGUUUGGCUGGAAGUGUGAGAAAUGUCGACAGUGCAGGCAGUGUGGAACAAAGAAAACAUCAUGCUGGCACAUUGAUUACACUUUAUGUGACAAGUGCUACCAAAACAAACACAAAACAAGUCGAUGUCCUAUGUGUAAUGAAGAACAGGGCAACCAGAAGGUGAUCCAGUGUGAUUCAUGUAGCAGAUGGAUUCAUACUGUUUGUGAUAAUAUCACUGAAGAAAUCUACAGCAAACUUGAACAAGAUAGCAGCAUAAUCUAUGUGUGCAAAAUUUGUAGAGAGGAAGUUGAAAAUAUUAAGAAAGAAUGUAGACGAGAGAUUAAAACAGAUCCAACAGAGUUGGAAGAAGUAUCUCCAGUCACAGCUAUGGUUUUAUCCCAGGAGAGUUACAAGGGACAGAACACAAGACACAGCUCCGUUGUCACCACCAGCAUGGCUGCCACACCCUUGUGUAUGUCGUGGAUGACAUCAGAACCUGUCCAGUGGUCUCGUUUACGAAUGACCUAUUCUUUUGAAUAUUUCAUUAUGAAACAGUAUGGUAAAGUGUUACUUUAGGGCCAAUGUGUUGGAAGUGUUCAAAACUAUUGCAAAAGGCAAAAUUAUGGUCCAUUUCUAUGGAUAUUUUGUUUUUGGAAGAAAAAGAUAUUUUGCUGUAGUUAGAAUAUCCUAUGUCAAACUUUCAGAUUGCCACCAUAACAAACCUUUUGCUUCUUCUGAAGACAGUUUUGAAUACUUUCAUUUUUUGAUAAUUUGGUUUAUAUGGUAGUUAUUGAGCGUCUGUCCCAGAAGCCUUGUUUUGGUAGGGUGCAUGUCAAGUAGCAACUAGGAAUGGUGAGUUUAUUUGGGUUGAAUCAUAUGGCUGUACACACAAGAUAGACGUUUAGGCAAAUUAUCUGUUUGCCUUUGAAGUUCUUUAUAUUGAUGGAAGAAUUCAAUCUUGUAAAUUGUAUAUUAUAUUAAAUUAUCUGCAUGUCAUCACUGAUAUUUAAAUAUUACAAACAUACAUACACUGAAUUUUCUUAAAGCAUUAAAUCAACUGUCGCAAUAAGAGAUGUAGUGACAAUGCAAAGGAAAUCUAUAAUUUAUAUACGCAGAUAUUAUUUUCCAGUUCAAAGUGAAAUCCCUUGAAUUACUUCAGAUAAAAUGCUAUUUAUUACUAUUAAUGAAUGUCCAUUCUGUCAAAUACUUGUUGAAGAUAAGAUGUGACUCUAAUCUUUUGAAGAUGUUGGUGAGUUUUCUUGUUGAACAUUAUCAUUUUCGUAAAUGAACUUUGGUGUAAAUGUAAGUUUUACAGUUGAUACUAUUACAUGUUUUGUCCUGAUUAAUGUUAGUCUCAACUUUUUCAGAACAAGUUUCUUGCUUGCUUGCUUGCUUUAACACCAAAAACAAUUUUUGCUGCAUUACAGAAUUUUGAGUUUAUUAAAUUCAUUUGGUGAGUUACUUAUUUUUGAUCAUGUGGCAGGUUUUCUUUGUAUGACAACUUGUCCAUUGUAAAUCUGUAAGGAUGCAAAAAUUUAUAUAUUGAUGUAUAUACAGAUAUAUGCAGGUACAUAUAUAUUCAGUCAGUUUUUAUAACUAUUGUCAUGAGAGAUUUUGAUUUUGGUAAUUUAUGUAUGUAAUCUUUAAUUCCUUUUCUUGGAAGACAAGUAGCACCAAAACAAAGCCUUAUAUGACACAAUUUUUAGCAAGUUUUUUUUUCCUGUGAUUAUUUACUGGUAUAUGUGGCUUAAACUUGUUUUUGGUUCAAGAGAUUUUUCAAACCAGGUUGAAUUUAUUGUCACCUGUUUCAUAAUAAUACUAUAUUGAAUGCAAGACAAAGGACAUAUUUCAAGUUUCAACCCAAAGAAGAUUUCAAAUUUCAAAUUUCACCCAAAAAUAGAUUUAAACCACAUGUACAUCACUGUUAGUUAUUGCUCAUGCUCACUAUAACCCAUGAAAAAAAUACUGAUGCCAUGUAUUCCACCCGAGAUUCAUAUCUUCAUGUGAUUGGUAGUUGUGUUUGGAAACUGUGACUGAGUAACAGCCAGAGAGACUUGUAGGGUUGCUGAACUGGUUUGUCAUGGACUGUUUUUGUGCAAAUUUCAAUUGUUUGUGCGUAGGAAACUCAUGAGUGAACAGAGACGUCUAUUUUCUUAGACUACAGGCACAUGACUUGUGCAAUAUGCUGAAUACUUUAUAACUAUGAUUUGAUGCAUGGCCAGAAAUCUGCCUUGACAGGUCUGUGCUAGAAUAAAGAAAAACAAACAUACCCUUACACUCCUUUAGUUCAAAAUUCAAAAUGUUUAUAAAUUAUAUGUUACAAAGUUAUUCAAUGCAAGGCCAAAAAUUGAUGCAAAGUUUGUCAGAUUAUAGCUAAGGAAAAAAGCUACUUUUAAGGUAGAAGACUAGAUUCUUUUUACUUGCGGAAACUAAACUGAUCCAUGGUGGUGAAGCUGGCUAUGCAUUAAAUUACAGAUAUGGAACUUAUUUACUUCUAGAGUGGUGCCUCCUGAUAAAUACAAAAUGUUAUUAACCUUCUAGGGCUGGAACCCAAUUAUAAUUUUGUUUGGCUACUGUGGUUGAGUCUGUUUUGAGGAUUUGUACAAACAGUGAUUAUUUUUAAUACAUCCUGAUUAUAAAAUUGUUAUAGAGAAAGUCACCCUCCACUCAUUCAUACACUUAAUUGAAUCUAUUAAGACUGUUUACACUGAACUGUCAAUCUAAAGUAAAAAAUUAAUUUCAUUUUACAGAAACUUACCUGUUGAGAAAGAGAAACCUCUAUUUUUAUUGUUUUCUACGUAAUAAGUGGAUCAAUUAAAAUCUUAUUUUAUACUGCAA